GGAACUUGAUGCUUUGUCUCUUGUUUGUUAUAUAUUCAGCUCCAUGAGAUCCGUCUUGUACGGGUAGCCAAUGAGGUAAGAAGGGACAAUGAAGGUGGCGCAGAGGCUACUGUGGGCAGCUCUCAUUUUGGCUGCUCCUCUCCUCCUCCCGCUUUUCUCCUCUCUACACAAUCAAAUUUACUCUUGCACUGAAACCAGUAAUGCAGACCAACAUUUCCACCAGUUUGAACACGAGGAUUCCUGUCAUGUAAAUGAAGAGCCUGCCAAGAAAGAAAAACAGCAAAAAAAGUUGUGGGCAAGCAGGAAUUGGAAGGAAAAGGUAGAUUCCUUGUCGGCAUUGUUCAGGGGUUUGGACGAGAGUGUUGUGUUGAGUCAGCAUUCCAAGGCAAUUUGCAUUUCAGCAGGAAUUGGGCAAGAAGUAAUGGCAUUAAGACAUAUGGGUGUGGAGGGUGCUAUUGGAAUUGAGCUUGUUGAAUCCCCACCGUUAGUUAUUAGAGGAGAUGCACACAAACAUCCUUUUGCUGAUACUACUUUUGAUCUGGAAUUCAGUUCACAUUUAUCUGAUGCCCUUUUUCCUGCUAGAUUUGUUUCUGAGAUGGAAAGGACUCUCAAACCAGGAGGUCAUGCUCUCAUCCUGGUUCCCAUCUCUUACCCGAUUGAUCAGAUCAAUGCCUUAUUUAAUUCUUCUCAAUUGGUUAGUACAAAAGAUGUUACCCUCUCUGGACUGCCCUCCAUUCAACUGCUUUUCAGAAAGGGCAUUUAGGUUUUAUUUUCACUGUAAUUGAAGAACUGUUUGAAAAUGUUAAUUGAUAUGCGCUCUACUAAUCUUCUUUUUUCUCUUAAUUUGUGGGUUUUGAACUCGUGAAAAUUGUAAUUCUGGUCUAGAAUUUGUUCACAAAAACUGAUACUUCCGUUGUGAGGAGCGGAGCGUACAACUUUGUACUCAGUGCGGUCUUCGGUAUGGUACCCGGGUAUCUUCAUUGUUAUUAGUUCUCA